UUAACAUACAAAACCAUUAAUGCUUAAAUCCAAUUUAAAUUCAUAAUAAUAACAUAGGAUAUGACCGUCAGUGGAAAAUAUUAGAGUUGCCACCGUAAACGUCAUACUUCUCGGAUAUUACUUCUGGCCCGAAUGUGAAAUUUAGAAAUGUAAAUUUACAAAUGCUAUUUCGAAGCCAGAUCGACUCCCCUCAACUGUUCAAGCACAACAGAGAAGGCAGCCAUGUCGAAGGAAGACACUGGCGCAUCCAGUGCGGAGGCGAGUCCAGCCGAGUCGGACCUUUCGAUGGGUGGGCCGCGUCCAAGGUCCUUUAGUGGCGGUGUAGGAGGAGGAGGAGGAGGUGGAGGUGGAGGCGUAGGCGGUACAGGUGGGAGUGGAGGAGGUAUUGGAGGUGGUGGAGUUUCCAGCGGAAGCCAUUUCAAGUCCGAAAGGACCUCGCGAGAAGAUGACGCCGUCGACCCGACGACGGAUUCGAAGUCCACGCACCGUAUGCUGCUGAGCGAUCCGCGCUUCCGGAUCCGGCCGCUGCAGCAGGUGAUCUCGGCCUGCGCUGGGGCCAUGAUCACGGCCUGCUUCAUGACGCCGCUGGACGUGAUCAAGACCCGCAUGCAGUCGCAGCAGUCGCCGGCGCACAAGUGCUUCUUCUACUCGAACGGCCUGAUGGACCACCUCUUCUCGAGCGGCCCCAACGGGCCCGAGUUGGCCGCCCCGCGCCCGAGGCCACAGUUCACCAGCACCUGGGAUGCCCUGAUCAAGAUCAGCCGGCACGAGGGACUGGGCGCCCUGUGGUCCGGCCUAGGCCCCACUCUCGUCUCAGCCCUGCCCUCCACCAUCAUCUACUUCGUGGCCUACGAGCAGUUCAGGGCCAAGUACCUCGAGAUGUACAAGAGGCACUGGAAAGGGCGUCCUGAACCCCGGCAGCUGGACAUGGAAUUCAGGAACACCAAGAAGAGCCUGCCGCUGGUGGUUCCCAUGAUGUCCGGGGUCACGGCCCGCAUUUGUGCAGUUACUGUGGUGAGUCCCAUCGAGCUGGUGAGAACCAAGAUGCAGGCCCAGCGGCAAACCUACGCGCAGAUGCUGCAGUUCGUCAGGGAUGUGGUGGCUCUUCAGGGAGUCUGGGGCCUGUGGCGCGGCCUGCGGCCUACGAUCCUCAGAGACGUGCCUUUCUCGGGGAUUUACUGGCCCAUCUACGAGUACCUCAAGCAGAAUCUCGACCACAGCUCGCAGCCCUCGUUCAGUCUCAGCUUUUUGGCCGGCGUCCUGGCGGGAUCGGUGGCUGCCAUCGUGACCACUCCGUUCGACGUGGUCAAGACCCACGAGCAGAUCGAGUUCGGGGAGAGGGUCAUCUUCACGGACUCCCCGGCGCGGGACUUCGGCAAGAGGUCCACCUUCAGCAGACUGACGGCCAUCUACAGGAUGCACGGGGUGCGGGGCCUCUUGGCGGGAUGCGGACCCCGGCUCAUGAAGGUGGCCCCCGCCUGCGCCAUCAUGAUCUCCACCUUCGAGUACAGCAAGUCCUUCUUCUUCCACUACAACGUGAGGCGGCACAACGAGGCCCUACUCCUGGGCAACCCGAACGCCACGCUGGUCAAGGAGGACGAGAUCGAGUAGGGGGAUGGGAGAGCCAGUGGGGCUGUGCAUUCGAGGUGGCUCCCUUUGUAAAUAAACAGCGCAUAUUUUAUGUAAGCCCCGGGCCGUGAGGCGAAUUCAAUAUCCCAAUUAAGCUGCGCGGCGCUUUACGUGUUACGUGUUACGUCAAUAAGGCGGGAUCCGGGAAAUCAAUUUGCAUUUUCGCAGCUUAAAGACCCCGGAUGCCUGUUGCUGCUGCGCCCAGCUUCCCGCUCCCCGAGUUGACUUUUAAUGGAAUAUUCAUUCAUUUACAUUAACUGCAAUUUGAGCGAGCGCAAGGGGAAAUUAAACGGAAUCGCCAAAGAGCCGCGCGUCCAGGUAAACUGACUUGAGAGCUGCCAGCAUCCUGCACACACGGAAUUUUUCGCCAGCAAUAAUCGAAUUUCCUUUGUUGGCAGGUCACGUUUUGCCACAGUUUCGACCACUGCAAAUGCCAUUUGAGCCCAGGGCGUCGUGACCGAAAAAUAUUGCCAAGAUUGAGUGCUACUGAAAAUCUAUAAAUCACACUCGGAAAUAUCGAAACUAAAGCGAGUAAUUAAGAAGAGUUUGCUUGCCCCAUGGGCCUCGGGCUGAACUUAAUUGCAUUUUGCUCGGAGAUUUUCUUUAUUUUUAUUCUUCAGCCCACAAAAAUUGUGCUCCAGCGGUUCGCCUAUUACAAAAACUGUCCAAGCGAAAAUUUCCUUUUUGUGUCCUUUGUUUUUAUUAAAGUGCAAACAAAGUACACAAAGCAUUACCAAACACAAGCUACGGAAGCAGGCUGUCAGAAAAUAUAUUUUGCCAUUUUCCUGGAUGAAAACAAAAUAAAAAUGGAUGAGAAUCGUUCGGGGAUGGUUGGGAACAACCUUUUUUGGUGGAGACAUUUGCGGUGGAGGAACGUUCGCUGGAGACUCUUUCGGUAUCAGAACUUAUAAGUUUAGUAAGACCCUGCAUUCACGGUGGCUGAUAAAUAACGACGCAAUUGAUUUGAAAUCGCGACCGCUUUUGCCGCACUCCCAGCGAAAGGGAUGCCGGAAUGCGGGAGCGUGUUGUCUUCGGAUGGAUGCCAUACAUUAUAUUCAGUUACAUGUGUCGGAGGAGCAGGCACUCGACAUAUGAGGUCAAAUUAAGUCGCUUUGACACCAGAAACAUCUCGGAAUUCCCUUAAUGCUGACUCGGGAUCCGGCAGAGGAAUAAAUCCGCAGCUCGUGACAUCCUUCGGCGAUUUAUUCACGACACGAGGACAUCGCUGGUUCUGCGGGACCUGUCGGACGUGUUUUAUUGCUGCCUUUUCACACACGCUUUAUUUAUUUAUUUAUAUGCUCGGUUCCGCUUGGCUCUUUCGCUUUCCCGCACCCUUGCAACUGUAAGCCGCAUUCAUUUUUUGUUUAUCAAUAUUUGCUCUUUGUAUCAAUAUGCAAAAACUUUUAUUAAUGACCAAUAUGCGCAGA